AAAGGGGAAGUUGCGAGCAAAAAAAAGGAGGAGACUUGAUCGGGGUUGGUAAAAUUCCCAUCAACCGACCCCAAUAAUAAGGAGAACCUCUCUUGAAUUUAGCACCCCUUCGUCGGAAUUCGGUUUACGCGACAUUUCAGCUGGCAUUCAGCCAGUACUGGAACAGCUCUCGGUGUGUGUGUGUGACCACCUAAAGGAGACGGGGUGAUUGACAGCUGUCAUGGCCAAUAGAGGAGGAGCAACACGUCCCAACGGGUCCAACGCGGGCAAUAAGAUCUGCCAGUUUAAACUGGUCUUGCUAGGGGAGUCUGCUGUGGGGAAGUCCAGCCUUGUACUGCGCUUUGUCAAGGGCCAGUUUCACGAGUUUCAGGAGAGCACAAUAGGAGCGGCCUUCCUAACACAGACAGUGUGCUUGGAUGACACAACAGUAAAGUUUGAGAUAUGGGACACAGCCGGACAGGAGCGCUAUCACAGUUUGGCCCCCAUGUACUACAGAGGUGCCCAGGCUGCCAUUGUAGUUUAUGACAUCACCAAUGAGGAGUCGUUUGCGAGAGCGAAAAACUGGGUUAAGGAGCUUCAGAGGCAGGCCAGCCCAAACAUUGUUAUUGCGCUGUCUGGAAACAAGGCUGACCUUUCCAACAAGAGAGCUGUGGAUUUCCAGGAUGCUCAGUCAUAUGCAGAUGACAACAGUUUACUGUUCAUGGAGACAUCAGCAAAGACUUCUAUGAACGUGAAUGAGAUCUUCAUGGCCAUUGCAAAAAGAUUGCCUAAGAGUGAGCCCCAAGCUCCCGGAGCCAACAGUGGGCGGAGUAGGGGCGUGGACCUCACAGAGACAGCCCAGCCCGCCAAGGCUCCUUGCUGCAGCAACUAAUGCAAAACACCCCCCACCACCAAACUCUUGCUACUGCGACAACUAACGCAAAGUCCCGCCCUUCAACUCGGGUUUGACUAACUAAUGAAAUGCCUCUGCUUUCCAAAUUUACACAACUCUCUAACGCUGUAACAAAAGCUCUGCCCCGCCCAUAUAUCUGCGGCGUUUUUGUUUAGUUGUUUUUUCUGUAAAGAUCCCGGCUUGUACUUACGAUUACAACAUGCCUUGUGUCCAAACUGUAAUAUAUGCUUGUCACAAAUAUCCAUCAGAAAUUCUCCAAAUGCCAUUUGCCUGGACAAACGGGGUGGGGCCUCCACAAGGUUUCUUCACCUGCACUGUCACAAUUCAGAACUCUGCAGUCUUGGUUUUCUUUUCUCAGUUCUGUUUUCAUCUUUUUUAUUAUUUUGUUUUAUAGAAAUGAACUUUACAGAAUAACGGAUGCAUGUAUCACUACAAAGCUUUAAAGAGGUAAAUCAAAAAGUUUUAACUCAAUGGCACACAUGGUGAGCGAGGAUAAUAUGUAUAAACCCUGCCCCUUGCUCCACCCAUCUUGUUUAUUGGCCCAAACUGAUUCUCAAUGUCCCAGCAGCUCUGUUCAGUGGCAGACUGCCCACUUCCUGAGGCUGUGCUGCCAACAACAAGCCCACCCCUUAACCGUACUCGCACAUCGAUACAAGAUGCCCCCUUGUUAUUCUCUCGCCGGUUAGCAAGCUUUCACGUUUUUUUUAAGCAUUAUUGGCCCCGUCCUUACAAAUGAGUAAGUGUGUGGCUGCACUUGCAUACAAAAGCCUACACAAAGGACAUGUUGUUCAUUUAUUUGGAAAACAUGCACCAUUCUAUGUACACGAUUAGUAGGUUCCCCUGCGCAAACAUGCACCAGACCGGUCACAUUCACAAUUUUCUUCUUCAGUUUUAUUUCUUACUCCAUGCCUUGCACAAAUUUUUGGUCUUGAUAUUAUCUGUUGCAAUUACAGCCAGAGUGAUAUAAAUAUAUAUAAAUAAUUUACUGUAAAUAGGGUGUUGCAAUGUAUUCGUCUUUUCCAUUUACUGUUGCAGGACUAAUGCUUGAUAGGGAGUUAGAUAAUCAUUAAAAAUUGUACAGUAACCAGGAAUUGCUUUGAUAGGGGUUUGGAGUUAUGUUUCUUUUUCACAACAGUGGUUAAAUUAUAAUCAAUGGUGGUCUUAUAAAAUGUAUGUAGUGUUAUUAACAAAAAAUGAUCUUGCUUUUCUUUAGUGGUCUGUAUUGUAAUUUCUAUGAGAAGCAAAAACAAUGUUUUUGUCUUUGGUGGAACUAACAGUGUACAUGUCAAAAGAUUAUAAUGGUUCUUCCUCUGCUUUUUCCAGUAUCGAACAACACACCCACCCACUUUUAACAUUCUCUCAGUCUUCUACUUUUUAGGAUACUGGUACAACAUAAAUUCGCUGCUACAUUAAA